GUUGGUUUAUGUUAUGAUAUAUUAAUGUUGUUUCUAUAUUUUGCAGGCUGUUGCUAUGGGCAACCUACUUAUGCGCCAUAGCGCUAAUACGAGAACAAUUACUUUAAUUUUUGUUGGGUUAAGUUAUUUAUUUAUCGGGGCAGGCGUGUUUAGUGCAAUUGAACGAGAACAUGAAAUUAAAAGCGGGAAAGAACUUUUUGCACGAGAGAAAUACUUUAAAGAACUUUAUAACAUAAGCGACGUCGACUACGAUAACAUGAGCCACAUGAUUAUGGAACUACAACCUCACAAAGCCGGUGUGCAGUGGAGUUUUGUGGGGGCGUUGUACUUUGCUAUUACUGUUGUUACUACGAUUGGGUACGGUCACGCGGUGCCGCAAACAACAAUGGGAAAGAUGACGUGUAUAGCGUACGCUGUGAUCGGCAUCCCGCUAUGCUUGGUUAUGUUCCAGGCCAUGGGUGAACGGAUGAAUAAUUCUGCCAAGUCGCUCCUCAAAACAACAGGACAUAAACUUGGGUUCAAGUUCGAUGAGGUAUCCCACAAAUGCUUGAUACCGUUCGGAAUUCUUAGUUGUUGCGUCACAGUGGUGGUUGGUUCUUCCGUGUUCUCGUAUUUCGAGGGGUGGUCUUACACUAACAGUGUCUAUUAUUGCGUCAUGACUUUAUCGACAAUUGGUUUUGGGGAUUACGUAGCCAUGCAGGUGGACGGAGCUUUGCAGCAGAAACCUCAGUACGUCGCGUUCAGUUUCGUUUACAUUCUCAUUGGGCUGACGGUGAUCGGGGCUUUCCUAAACCUCGUCAUACUGAGAAUGAUUGUGACGUUGCCUGUGACGCCUGACGGUUCCACAACUGGGGAAUCACCCAAACAGGAUGAUAACGUUUUCUCAAGCGACGAAAAUUCGGAUCAAGAUUUUCGCGGGCGGGAACUUAGACGGAAGUUACGUAGACGACGGAAGAAGCGAUCGCGUCAUAGUCUUGCGACGUCGAGAUCGGACUGGAAACGAUUGUUGUGUUUCGCGAAAUCGCGUUCCCUCGAAGAAGUCGAAGAAGAAAGUUCAAUAGUUCAACCGGAAGUGACGAGUUCCGAUGACGAUCCACUUCCGGAAAGGCGGAGGCGAACGUUUCCGGCUGUAACACGGUUGACGCGAUGCACGAGAUGCAAGUGUAAGGUGAGGAAAAGUAACAUCAUCAAUCAUCAUCGUUCCGUGGAUGACGUCACCGACUGUCAGAUGACGUCAUCGGAGAACAAGUUUACGGAAGCGGGCACGGUUGGGAACGGAAUUCGAGAAAAAGAAAACACGGCAAAAGGUGGAAGUUGUAAUGGGGGUUUGCGGAAUGGGAAAGAAGAAAUGACGGAAUCAACGGAAAGCGAAAAUCCGCAGAACUGUGUGCGGAGGUCGUUGUUAUUGUCGGCUCCCAACCCCAGGGUGAGGUCGAUGUCAGACGACAGUGGUUACUCUGGUAAUCAAUCAACCGUGUGGACGGAAACCGAAAAGCGUCAUUUCCGUAAACAAGAUGGCGAGGAUUUUAACCGGGGAGGAAAUAAUAUCGAUUCCGUGAAUUCCGUGUGCGGGACUUUAGACGAUUAUCGGUUUGCCCACCAACACAACAGGCUUGUCCCAGGUAAGGAACCCCAUUACAGAUUAAGAAGUCGCGCGACGUCGCCAUUAUUCGAUCUGGAUCGCGGUUCGGUUGUUUACUACACAAAGAACGAAGCGGUGUGUAGUUACGUCACAAUACACGACCGAAACUCAAAAUCUUCCGGCGACGAAAAAUCGACCAACGAAAAAUCGGGAGACGAGUCGUAUAAGAAGAAAAUGAUGUCACCUGACGUCAUGAAGCCCCCAUUAUUACGUCAGAAGUGCGUCAUCGCCCCCACAAUCGUCAUCACCCCGCAUUCUCCAAUGUUAAGCCGAACACCUAACGAGACGAGCACGGAGACUUACGCUUCUUUCCUAAGCGACAGCGACAUGGAGGAUAGAGCGUCAUCAUGCUGUACAGAAGUGACGAGAGCUUAUGACGUCACGCCUGCGUCACAACUAGACACUGUGGCGUCAGAAACCGAGCUGUCACCCUCUGACCAACCAGCACCCCAGAGCCCCCCACCCAACAUAGAAAUCGAAGAACAAUCAGAUAACAACGGGCACGACAAUGAACAAUGGUUCGCCAUGGAUUCUAGAAUGUUGAAACAAACAAAUGAAUCGAAGGUUGUGGAACAUAGAAGCGGAAGUGUCGCGAAACUGAACAAACGAACAAUUGGAAACAGGAAACGUCUAUCCUCGGGUUGCGGCAAACUAUUUCCUCGGUGGCGACGACGAUGGUCCAGACUCUCGCGGAAGAACACUAAAAAUUCAGAAACUCCCCAAAAAAGUAACAAUGCGAAUCGUCCGCGGCCCUAUGACGUCACAAUACGUGAAAACCUCUGUCAUUGUGAAUGUCAUCGGUUCUCUCUCCCCCUCAUGCGGAAGGAAAUCCAGGAAUCCUACAACCGCAAGGCGGCGCCACGGAAAACAGAAAGUCUGGACAUUGAAAAUUCUCGGCUUCGGGGAUUAACCCUUUCCCAAGUAGCAAUGACGUCAUGUUCCAAAGCUUCCUUCGAUGAUUUUGAUUCGUUGUCGUUUACGUCAAGUAUGACGUCACUACCGGCAAAAGUCGAGACGAGACGAAACAAGCGCGAUAUUAAUAAUGCUUAUUGUUACGUCACAGGGCGCGAUUCAUGUUGUUAAUGACGUCACAAGGAUUGCAGAAGUUUAUUUGUAAAGAAAUAAUCGCUAGACUUUUAUUGUUACGUCACAAUCAACACGUCAUCUAUUGCACGCGUUUAAUACAAAGGUUGAAACAAUAGGCACUAUGACGUAUACAUGGAACUGCAAGUGACG